AUGGCCUCACCCGGGGGAUACUCCUCCGGCAAUCCCUCGGGAAUUAAUUCCCCCAGCGUACAUUCCGGAGUUAAGCGGCUUUCCGAAGAGGAUCGCCAACGGCUAGCUAAUAUGCUGCGCGCGCUGCAGCUGCAACAGCAAGCGCACGCGGAAGCGCAGCCUCCCGCACCGGCGGAAGGCGGUGCGGAACGGCCCGCGGAAGCUGGAGAGGAGAGGAGCGCGGACAUGGCGGUGGAUGCGCCGGCGUGCGCGCAGGCGGGGGAGAGGGAGCGGCAGGGGCGGGAUAUGGCGGGGGCGAAUGGGGAAGCAGGGGGAACGUGGAGCGAAUCGCCGUCGUCGCCUCCUCCUGGGGGCGCCAUGAGGGAGAUGGCGGACCUCUUCUUUGUGCUGCGCCCUUCUAUUCAUAUGCCCUCCCUCCUCCCUCCCCAUUCCCAUGGAAACAACAGCCGUAAAGACAUUCUAGAAAUAGUGCGCAAGCACUCGGGCGCGUUGGUGUGGCCGGCAGCGUCGCAGGACGGGGCGGGAGCGGAGGCGGCACAGACAGCAUUGAUGAUGGACCGGCAGUACUGGCGGUACUGGAGAGAAAUGAUGGACCUUUUCUUUGAGCUGGGCCCUUUUAUUCAUAUGCUCUCUCUCCUCCCUGUCCCCUUUCCCCAUGGAAACACCAGUCGCAAAGAUAUUUUGGAGAUAGUACGGAAGCAUUCAGGCGCGCUGGUGCGGCCGGCGGCGUCGAGGGACGGGGCGGGAGCGGAGGCGGCGCAGACAGCGCUGAUGAUGGACCGGCAGUACUGGCGGGAGAUGGCGGACCUCUUCUUUGUGCGCGGCGUGCAGCUGCGGGGGGAUGCUACUCAAGACGGGUCGUUCCGGGAUGUUGUUUUCUUUGUGAGAGAUGAGGUGCGUUUGCAGUGGCUUGAGACAGCGCUGAUGAUAGACCGGCAGUACUGGCGGGAGAUGGCGGACCUCUUCUUUGUGCGCGGCGUGCAGCUGAGGGGUGACGCCACUCAGGACGGGUCCUUCCGGGAUGUGGUGUUCUUUGUCAGAGCCCUCCCGCUCGUCCAUCCCUCUCACUCUCACCCGCACAUCCAUCCCACUCACCCAUCCCGCUCACCUAUCCCUCUCACACGCCCAUCCAUCCCACUCACCCAUCCCGCUCACCUAUCCCUCUCACACGCCCAUCCAUCCCACUCACCCAUCCCGCUCACCUAUCCCUCUCACCCGCACAUCCAUCCCACUCACCCAUCCCGCUCACCUAUCCCUCUCACACGCCCAUCCAUCCCACUCACCCAUCCCGCUCACCUAUCCCUCUCACACGCCCAUCCAUCCCACUCACCCAUCCCGCUCACCUAUCCCUCUCACACGCCCAUCCCUCCCACCCAUCCCCCCCACCCUUCUCCCGUGCAGUCGCCUGCAGCAACACCCCGUCAGGCAGACGGGGGGCCUGAGGGCACAGGGGGCAUGGCUGGCAGGGAGGAGGGUAUGGAGGCAGUGGAGAGACGGCGGCCCUACUUCGCCAGGCGUAGGCAGAGCAGUCUGAGGGAGAUUCUGGGCGGCAGUGGGGAGAGCAUAGACUGGCGGAGGACCUUCUAUCUGAACCUCAUCUGCCACACCGACUACUCCCUCACCAUUGCCGUCUGCAGGUCUGCUUCUCCCCCUCAUGCUGUGUGUGGGUGGGUGGGAUGUGUGGGGAUGGGCGGGUGGUGUGCUGUGCAGGUGGGCUGUGCGGGGGUGGGCUUUGUGGGUGACCCGGAGGUGACAGAGGCGUAUCCCAACAUCUGCUUCGCCAUUGACUCCUCUGACCGCGCCUUUGAGUCCGUGGUGUGUUCUGUUAGGUUUCCUAUGGACCCAGAGGUGACAGAGGCGUAUCCCAACAUCUGCUUCGCCAUUGACUCCUCUGACCACGCCUUUGAGUCAGUGUUGUAUUCUGUUAGGAUUCAUGUGCCAUCCCUUGCUAACCUCCCCCACCGCUUCCCACCCCACCUCCACCCCACCUCCACCCCACCACUUCCCCCACACCACACCCCCCAGCAGGACCCGGAGGUGACGGAGGCGUAUCCCAACAUCUGCUUCGCCAUCGACUCCUCUGACCGCGCCUUUGAGUCCGUGGUGCUCAAGGGCAGCGACCACUGCUUCUGUGUGCUGCUGAGCGCGCACAGGGGGGCGGCCUUCCCCGCCCAGGACACCGUUGAGAAGACCCUCGCAGAUGGCCAGCGCCGCGUGCUGCAGCGUGGCACCAGCAACGAGGCCAAAGUGCUGGGGGAGGCGUCAGGGGACGGGCCCAAGGUGAGAGGACAAGGGGAGGGGAAAGGGAGUUGGGACGAGAGAAGGUUAAGGGAGGGGGAAGACCCUCGCUGA